AUGCUGAUGCGAAAAGCAACCCCAAUCCUCGGCUCAAAGGAAGAUAUAGCGUUCCGCGAGGCCUUGAAGCUUUAUGAUGCCAAACAGUACAAGAAAGCACUCAAGCUUGUCGACCAGAACUUGAAGAAAAACUCAAACCACCCAGAAUCGUUAACUUUGAAAGGAUGUAUUAUCUAUUUCACAGGAACCAAAACAGAAGCUGACUUGUACGUUAGAAAGGGAUUGGCCAGAUCGCCAACAAACCAUUUGGUUAAUCAUUUGGCAGGGAUCUACUUUCGUAAUGUGGAAAACUACGCUGAAGCUGCAAAAUGGUACAAGGCCGCCAUUGACAAUGGGUCCCAGAAUAAGCAAAUCUUAAGAGACUUGUCUACCAUGCAAGUUCAAAUCAGGGACUAUAAGAACUUGAAAGAGUCAAGACAAUUGUACUUAGAAGAGCAACCUGGAUUUAGAGCUAACUGGACUGCCUCUGCCGUUGCACAACACCUUAAUAAGAAUUACGACGGAGCCGUUUCCACACUUUCGAAAAUUGAAGGGUUAAUCAAAGAGCAUUUAAGUGAAUCUGAUAAAGUAGAACAUUCUGAGUGUCUUUUGUAUAAGAACCUGAUUAUUCUGGAGGCUGGAAACUUCGGUAAAGCUCUCCUGACGCUUGAAGCCGAUGAACCUGAAAUCAAAGAUAAAUUGAGUGUAUUGGAAUACAAGGCAAGAUACUUGAUGUUGUUGGGAAAAUUGGAGGAAGCUUCUAAGAUCUACAGAAUCUUGUUACAGAGGAAUCCAGACAAUGCAGGGUAUUACUCGUUGUUGGAAGUUUGUCUCGAUACAGCUUCCAAGCCAGUUGAAAUUAGAUUAAAAUUAUUCAGUAAGCUACAAAAAUUUUACCCUAGAUCUGACCCGCCAAAAUUCUUACCGCUAACAUUCGUUCCAGCAGACCAUCCAAAAUUCAUUGAGUUGGCCAAACUGUACAUCUUGCCACAAUUAGAAAAGGGUGUUCCUUCUUCAUUUAUCAAUAUCAAGCCACUUUACAAGGACAAGCUCAAGUUGAAAGCUAUUGAGUCCAUUUUAUUGGAAUUCUACAACCAAAAGCUUAAUGAUAAGCUGGUUCAGCCUACGAUUAUAGUGUGGACCAAAUACUUUUUGGCUCAGCAUUAUCUUUAUUUGAAUGACUUGGUCACUGCUGAUAGGUAUAUUGAUGAAGCUAUCACCCACUCGCCCACUUUGGUAGAAUUAUAUAUAAUUAAGGCCAGAAUAUUAAAGCAUAAGGGUGAAUUUAUUCAGGCUAGCGAAGUCAUGAAUGAGGGCAGAGAGUUAGACUUACAAGAUAGAUUCAUUAACUCCAAGGCCACCAAAUACUACUUUAGGGCAAACAACGUUGAUAAGGCAAUUGAUACAAUUUCUUUGUUUACAAAAUUGGAAGAAGACGCAGUAAAUGGUUGUAAGGAUUUACAUUUGAUGCAAGCUAGCUGGGUUUUGAUCGAAAGUGCAGAAGCUUAUGCAAGAUUAUACCGAGAAUUGGAAAAGGCAAAGCUCUCCAAUGAGGAUGCUGAUCUGGAAGGAGCAGAUGAAAAUGAAGAUGAUGAAGAUGUAGACGAAAAAAUUGAGCUUUAUAAAGGUUUGGCUUUGAAGAGAUUUCAUGCUGUUCUCAAACUUUUCGAGAUCUUUUACAAUGACCAACUUGAUUUCCACUCAUACUGUAUGAGACGUGGAACUCCUAGAGACUAUAUCGAAACCAUCAAGUGGGAAGACAAUCUUCACAGCACUCCCAUUUACAGCAGGGUCAUGAAAGGGUUGUCGAAGAUUUAUUUGGACAUCUAUGAGCAACAACAGGCUGCUAAGUUGAAAGCAGCAUCGGCAGCAUCAACUUCAAGCGGAUCAAAGAAUAAGAAAAAUAAGAAAAAGAAAAGCAAAGCCCAAGGAAAGAAGAGGGAAGAGCUAGCUGCCAAGGUUGCUUCAGAAAAGGAAGACCAGGAUCCAUUUGGAACCACGCUAUUGAACAACGUGGUAUCUAACGGUAACGGCAAAGUUUUGGACAAUUUAUUCGAAUUGUUUAAGCCAUUGCUAGUGGAAGCAAAAGAUAAUAGAUUUACUUGGGAAUUGGCAUUCGAGUUGUAUGUCAGACAAAGUAAGUAUGUGUUGGCUAUGCAAGCCAUAAAGAACUUGAAUUCCGUAUAUACCAAUUAUAAUGGCGAUAACAAAAAGUACAAACAAAUUGGAGAUAUGGUUCUUAGAUUGAAGGAAACCACCAAGAACGACCCUGAGGCUAAUGUAGCCAUUGUCAAAGUAGUUGAGAAGGGGUUGGCUACUGCUUUUCCAGACCUUACAAAGGGAGACGAAGAGUUCAUGCAGGCUUACAUUGAUUAG